AUGGCGAAAGGACUGGGCCACCCGGAAUUUCAGGCGUUCAGACCGUACGAUUUCAAAGCCGCGAAUGAGGACUAUAUGGAAAACGUCUUCUCGAAGCCAAAUAUGAUAGUGGGAGCAAAAUCCCGCGUUGGCAUAAUCACAUGUUGUGACGCCCGAUGCAGUCCAGAUCAGUUUUUCCGCUUGGGCGAGAACGAGGCCUUUGUCAUUCGAAACGGAGGUGGAAGAACUGCUACCAUGGAUGUUCUUCGGACAAUUGCCAGCAUUGAAAUCUUGAGCGACAUCAAAGAGUUGAAGGUUAUUCAUCACACAGAUUGUGGUGCUUUAUCGUGCUCCGAUGACUUUAUCCGAUCCAUGAUAACGAACAACGACCCUCUCAUGAAAGAUGGACCGUUCCUGCAGGGAUCCAAGCAAUGGGCGGAGGCUUUGACCUACUAUGCAUUUUCGUGGAAAAAGGGGGAGUCAGAAAGAGAAGUGUUGGAAAGAAGCGUUGUCGAGGACGUCCAAUUCUUGAGAAGCCACCCCCUGAUCAAGCCGUCAAUUCCCAUCACCGGCUGGAUCUUUAACCAGGACAAUGGGGCUGUGGAGGAGGUUGACUGCGGGUUGGAAGACGGACGUGACCCUCGCCAGAUUGAACUGCUCAAGGAGCAGCUUUCAAAGACCUUGAACGGAGAGAUGAAAAGCAUCAUUGGAGACAUCGGCAAGACCGCCCACUGA